AGAGUCGUGGAGUCUAGCUAUGUGUUGAUGUUAUUGACACAUCUUUAUGGCUUGGCCUUAACGUAGCUCGCUCAGUGCCAGAGAGGUUGAAGCCAAAGAAGUUGCAAUGUCUCCAGAAUGUUGAAUAGACUUUCCUGUUUCACCAAUCAUCAGAGGUUCAGACAUAAGGAAUCGGCCAUUAUCACCAAACAGUAAGAUCAGUGUGCCAAGGAUGCCCAGUACUGUCCAGUGUAGUCUGACUUGGUAUUACCUCCAAGUGUGAGGCAGAAUUCCCCUUGAGAUUACAACAUGUUGCUUGCACAGUAUUUUGGAUCUUAGACUUCACCACUAGCAAGCCAUUAUUAUCGCCGCGGUUAUAAUGUAGCCCAAUACAGGAACACGUUUUUAUGUAGGAUUGAACAUAAGCUGAUAGAUGCAUGAUGAAUCGACCUCACUCAAAUAAUUGCAAUAAUAUUGUUGUCACAGAGGCACAGUUCGACACCCACCCUUCUCAGUUUCUGCAUAAAGUCAUGUCCAAUGGAAGCCCUGAGAAUUCUGAGGAUGCAUGUGUUUCUGUUGACCACGGCUACAGUUCUGUCGACCGUGAAAGCUCAUUGGAAUAUCAUCCCAGGUGUAUUCCCAAAUCUCCACAUCAUGUGGGUCAGUCUCAAAUGCCAGGAUCAGUUCUGGAGGGGCCCUUCGCUAAAGAGUCAUAUCACAUGGUAGAUCCCAGGCAACAAACUUUGCAGAAUGGAAACAUGGGCCCUCAUACUUCUCCAAGAUAUCCAGUUCAAGGUGAACCUAAGCAAUUCUUUGAUUUUAGGAAAACCUCAGAUGAUUUUCAAGGGCAAAUACCUACCCUGAACGGACUCUCGUUGACUUCUAACUCGGACGGUUAUCAGGGUAAUUUGCAGAAUGGCUAUCCUGACAAAUCGCCAACUCAGAGUUACUCUGCCCGAUGUGCUCCUUUCCGUUAUUCAUAUUCUGGGGAGGCUGUAGAUGAAACACAGAGGCAAGAUCCAUUCACUACUAAUGGACCCCCACUGACACCCAACACUCAUAGUGGUCCAACAAGCCCUAGACCGCCACCGGUCAUUCGGAAACAUUCCUCAUUUACGAGACAGAACGCCAUCGAGGAGGAAGUAGAUGAUCAUGAUGAGCUCAAUGAUUCUGGGUUUGGGUCCAUGUGCAGAAAAGCCAGCUAUGAAAAGCCAAGGAGAAGCCGCUCCAGGGAUGUGAGCGAUGCUCCCAAUGAAGAAGUCAACAACAAUCUGGCCCCUAGGAAGCUGCAGAGAUCGCAGUCAAGUCAGGAGAGGACUGACAAUGAACUCGCCCAGUUCCAUGCAGAGAAACGUCGGUGUUCAUCAGAACAGUUGCAACGGAGCAAUGGGAGCAGUGGAUAUCAUUCUGGUAAUGGUUACCAGGGAGAUCUUGCCAGAUCCUUGAUAGCCAAGUUUGUUGAUCUAGCAAAAGGAACAUCUGCUAAGUCAGCAACAUCCACAGAACAUUCACCUACAUCAUCAGAGUAUGAUGACACAGAGGUAUUCAUCGGUGGAUUAAGAGAUAGACUCAAUUCAUGUAAGUCAGACAGAUGGGUAGCUGAUGAGGUUCAUAAGGAGAUUUUGUCUGAUCCAAGCCUUACAAUGAAACACGAUCUCACCGGUGAGGAAUAUCGUCAGCAGAAGGAACUGAUAUUAUUGGAGGUUUUCCGGUAUGACUUGCAACCUUCCGAACCUACCUCACCUGUGCUCUUCAAUGGCAACCUGCCAUCUUCACCACAAAAUGACAAGAUUGUGAUGGAUCUGCCUGAAAGAUCCUCUGAGCUAGAGAUUAGUCCUGAUGGAUCAAGUCAAUCUCAACAUGAUAUUGCAGUCCUAAUCCGGGCUCCGAGAGAUGCUCCUGAUCAUGCAGCCCUUGAUGAAGAAACAAAGAAUAACCUACAGACAAUCCUUGAGGAGAGCGCAUACUGUGAGGAAAUGAGACACAACACUUGCCCCCAAUGCCCAAAGACAAAAUUUCAUGUGGAAUUUUUUAAGGAGUGCUAUCGGAAUGGAACGCUUGACCGGUGUGACCACUGCAAGGAGAUGGUCAAAGCAUACUGGAAUCAUAGCGAGAGCUGCACGUCAGACCGAUGUGUGCUGCCAUUUUGUGGCUUCAUCAAGGAUCUAUACAGUGAGACGGGGCUUCUUCAUGACCUUGAUAUGCGUCGCUGGGAGGAUGUGUUAGGAUGUUUGAUGAGAAAGAAAGAAUUGGAGGUUUUAGAAAGACUUCAUGAACUGGAAGAGUUGCAUCGUCCUACUGAUGACGGAGUGGAAUUAUGGAGUUUUGAUGCAAACGCAGAAAGUUUCUUGAGGAGGGGCCAGCCUUUCGCUCAACUGACAACAGAGGGCAGACUUUGCAAAUUUGGGCACUUUACUCCCAUCCAUUGCAAAGCCAAGAAGCGGGAGCACGAGAUCAGUAUUGUCAUUAAAAAGGUUCGAUGGUGUUCAAAUUUGACAUCUACUCUCCCGAAACUCCACUCUAAGAGUUCACCAAGCCUCAAAGAUAUCAUCUCAACAUGUCUGUGGCACAAGAAAUUGAAAGGAGAUAAGCUUCUCAUUUGCUCAACCUACCUCUCCGAAAAAAGUCUGUCAUCCUCUCUGAACUCUCUCGGGGGCACUCUUGAAAAAUACUGGAUGGAAGCAUGUAAAGCCGCUGUUAAGCUCCAUGAGUCAAACAUACUCUACCUCAACUGGAAAGUGGAUCAUUUGGUCGUGACCCCUGAUCGUGUGAAGCUCUGUAACUUUGACUAUGCUGUAGACAUUUCAUGUAGCUCAUCUUAUGGGGAACUGAGAGGGUCCCUCUGUGAAGACUGGAGAGGAACGGAUGUUCCGGAGCGUGUGAGAAAGGGGCUGGAUCCUCGAAUAGCGCCUCCUGAGGUGCUAGAUGGAAGAGGAUUGACUGUGAAGUCAGAUACAUGGGGUCUGGGAUGCCUCCUAUAUCAGCUAUACAAUGAUGGAUGCCUCCCAUAUCGUAAUCUCAGUCACCUGAGCGAUGAUGCCAUCAGGGAGGAGAGACUGAGGGUGAAGGAAGAAUAUUCUGAGCUGGUCAAAGAUUCACCUAAGACCAGAUUAUUGUCGGAGCUAUGCUGGAAGCACGAUCCGAUGGAACGAAAAUUACCAGGACAAUUAGAAAAAUGCCUUCAAGCCUACAAUGACUUUGAUCUACAUCAGCAAUGUAAUGAUAUCAUGAUACAGAUUAAUGGUAAUUAACUUGUGGAAAUGAUGGCAAUCAUGAAUAGUUUAUUAAAUUCUUAUGUCUGUGGCAUAAGAUUAUGUUCAGAUGGAUACAUAAAGAAUCGUGAUAUGGUUCCGUGGUACCCUUGUCCGUGAUUUGGUAAUAUUGACUUGGCAACACUGUGAAGCAGGAGCUCUAUGGCAAAACAUACAGUCAACAGAUGAAUUCAUGAAAAAUUCAUGAUAAAAGAAUCACUGAUUGCUUCAAAAAGAUAUAGAAAUUAGCAAGCGAUUUGAAGAGCGUUUCAUCUCCAUUUGUCAUCAAAGUUGUCAGACAUGACAACUUUCCAUGGUUUGAUUUGCUUAGAAGCACUGUUACUAUGACGACUGUAGGACAAAACAGACUUUGUCGGGUAAAAUGUCCAAAGUGUAAUUUCACGAAAUGUACCCAGAUUUUCCAGGUUUUUUUCUUAGAAUAAGAUGAUUAAUGUGUCCACGUGUGCAUACACAGUGUGUUUCUUUUGAGAAUCUUGAAUCAGUACUUGAAGGAUGAUGAUGAUCCACAGUAUUUAUAUUACGCCAUGUUUCUGAUAAAAAACAUCAAUA